CUCGGCUUAAGUCAGUUUCCAACGUUCGCAAACGUGCUUAUUUUAUGCCAUAUUAUUAUCGUCGACGCCUUCGUGGAGUCGUCAUCCAAGCGAUCCAAGUCGUUGUCCGAGUCUCCAUUCAUCUACGGCGAAUCCUUUGUUUCCUCUAUUCAUAUAAAGCGAACCGGUCUUUCGCGAAUUUAGAAUAUAUAGUGACUGAUUGUGAGAAAAUAUCAGGGAAGAGAACAUAUAUAUACUCAGGUAUUUGGGAAGCAUUUGGGGAAGUUUGAUAUCAUCGCAGAGGAUACAAAAAGGAGAAAGAAUCGGGUAUAUCCCUACUACUUCCUCAAAAUCAACAAAUAUAAGAAGUAUAUAAGAAGUGAUAUGUUUCCGAACCUUGCCAGAUUGUCGAAAUAAAAAUAACAGACAGUUGGAACUUCGAAAAGCAUCAACAGGCAUCAUUAACGAAAAUUUACUUAAAAGAUAAUUUUUUGAAUCACAAUAAUAUGGCUCUACUCGCAAUUUUUGGUCUUCUAAUUCUUCUGUAUUAUCUCGCCUAUCUCAUUCUUCCCUCCAUUCUGGAUUGUGAUCUAAUGCUGGCUUAUAAGGAAAUAUUCGGCAAGCCUGUUUCGUCAUUAAAGGGCAAAGUCGUGUGGAUAACAGGAGCGUCCAGCGGAAUUGGAGAACACUUGGCUUAUGUGCUGGCCAAAGCAGGUUGUAAAUUAAUCUUGUCUGCCCGGAGGGUCGCCGAAUUACAACAAGUGAAGAAGAGAUGUUUGGAAGGAAACAAAUCCUUGAGCGACGAUGAUGUGGAAGUGUAUCCUUUGGAUCUGCUUGAUGAGGACUCGCACAAGAAAGCCUUCCUGCACGUAAUCGACAAAUUUGGCAAAUUGGAUAUACUCGUUAAUAAUGCCGGUCGCAGUCAAAGGGCACAAUGGGAGGAGAUCGAGAUGACGGUCGACAGGGAAAUGUUCGAUCUGAAUGUGUUUUCCUGCAUAUCCUUGAGUAGAUUAGCGGUCAAGCACUUUUUGCAGACAGGUACAGGUCAAAUCGUAAUUAAUUCGAGCGUCGCGGGAUUUUUACCAGCAAUCAAAUCAGCAACCUAUUGUGGUGCCAAGCACGCGUUGCACGGUUAUUUCAAAUCGUUGAUGAUGGAACAUCAUGAAAGUAACAUCGACGUGACGAUCGUUUCCCCGGGUCCGGUGCAGACCGAUUUUCUAGCAGAGAGUUUCACAGAGAAAGCUGGCGAGAAAUACGGAGUAAAAACGGAAGUAGACAAUAAGUCUAAAGUAAGCGUGGAACGUUGUGCAAUUUUAAUGGGUGUAGCAAUUGCAAAUAAGCUGGACGAAGUAUGGAUCGCUAAACCGACGGCCUUGCGAUUGGUUUACAUAUUUUAUUGUUUCCCGAAUUUUGCAAAAUGGUUUAUGAAGUCUCUGGGCACAAAAUAUCUAAUGAAAGUACGAGAUGCUCAGGUUUCCAAACAAAAUUGACUCUUAUUAUCAUCGACGAACGAUAAUAAUUUGAUAUUAUUGUACUGUUUUUUUAACCAAAGGUCCUUUAACAUGUGAUAUCAUAUAAGAAUAUAUGCUAGAAUAUGUAUAAAUAAGUGAAUAAAUUUUGCGAUUUUAUUAUA